CUGCCUUAACAAUGAGAUUGCCAUUCUUUUUUCCAACUCCAAUAUUUAUCUUUAAUUCCUUAUGAAGUGUUAAUUGACUCAUCUCUCCCGUACCUUAUUUGAUUCUAUUGAUCUUGGUCAUUUGUUCAAUAUAUAUGGUGUGGCUUCUACUUUUCAAUUACAUAGCAUCCAAAUCAAGGUUUAAGCUUUUUCUAAGAGCAAAAAAAUAAAAAUGUCCAAUCCUAUAAUUGCUCCAAGGAAAAAGAUUUCUCCUCCUAGAAAUACCUGGAGAGGUUGGUUUAGGUACUUCCAUUACGACGAAACCAAGGAUUCACCAAACGAGGCCAGAAAUGUGUUGCUAGUCGUAAUGGCCCUGAUUGCUGCGGUGACCUUCCAGUCUGGUGUUAACCCUCCUGGAGGGGUUUGGCAAGACAACGAUGGACAUCAUGCUGGAAGAGCAAUCUAUGCUUUUCAACCACAUACUUUUUAUGUUUUCUUGGUAUCAAGCACUUUGGCACUUUCCACCUUAUUACUUGUGAUUGUAUCUCUUACUUACAGGUUUCCUCUCCAUUUAGAGAUAUGGGUUGCCACCGCUUCAAUGAUUGUCACUUAUGCAUCUGCUAUUUUUGCUGUCACCCCUCGUGAGAAUGUCAAGGUUUGUUAUAUCUUAAUUAUUACUGCUUUACCGCUGAUUAUGAGAAUUUUGAUUCAAAUGUUGAGGCAGCUGAAAAGUGAGGCCAAUGAACCUGUCACAGAAGUAGACGAGGGUUAAAAUUAUAGUUCCGAGACGAGUUUGAUGUGCCAAAGGUUAUUUAUUUAGUUAGUGUCCUUCGUCUAAUCUCAUUAAUUUUUGUCUUAUUUGGCUUAUGUGUAGGGCAAGUCUAUAAUUAUUUUUUUCUAGGCUUAAUUGUAAAAGAAUACUCGACCUUUGGCAUUUUUCUCAAUUUAAUCACGUAUUUUUAAUUGUAACAAUGUAAUGCGCAACCUUAUCAAUUUUGUCAAAUUGAUACAUAAAUAAAAUUUCCGGUGAAGUUUAAUCCACGUGGCUGCCGAAGCUCUGGUAACUUAAACACGUAGAAACGGUGCAUUUUUCACAUCUUAAAUUGAAGAUCCUUGAAGAUUCAUUUGGAACUUCUGAUCUUGUAAUGCUUCAAUUGCGAGCUGGAUCAGUAGUUCGAUGGCUUCACCCUGACAUAGGAAUGCCUUCCUUAUACGAAAGAGGUGAUGAAUCAUUUGAAGGCUGAAAGGACGCAUUGGAAGAGGUAAUAAAAAUGAAGAUGGUAAUGGAGUCAAUGAUGGUUGAUAAAGUAUUGAGUUACUGUAGAAAAAUAUUGAUGACUGCAGGAAACUAUUGCAGAAAACUUGAUGACUGCAGAAAGCUUAAUUCUGAGAAGAAAAUGCUACAAGAGAGUGUCCUGAUGUGGUUUGAGAACUACUCAUUGGUAUUGGUAUUGUGAUGCCUAUGAGUUUAGCUUAACUGUUGGAUAAAUACUUGUACUGUAAUUUGAAC